CAACUGCGACUUUCAGGUGUUUACUACACACUUGCUGAUAAUUUCCGGCAGCACUGCAGAUCUGUGUACUGUUAGACUCGAGGGCCACCAAUACUCUCAGGCCGUUAGGUUAAAGCCACGCCACAGGGCCAAUCAUUCGCAAUCACACUCUUUUUCGUCGUGCAUACUACGGCUGAUCAUUACGUGGAACGCACACUGCCACGUUACUACUCUCCACACCUGUACAUCCCAAAGAAGAAGACAUACAUUACAAAAUGACAACAAAAGCAGCAAAGACCGUAGCCAAAAAGGCAAAACGCACAAAGAAGGACCCAAAUGCACCAAAGAGAGCACUCUCCUCUUAUAUGUUCUUUGCCAAGGAAAAGAGAGCUGAGAUCAUUGCAGAGAACCCAGAACUCGCCAAAGAUGUCGCAUCAGUCGGUAGGUUAAUCGGAGCUGCGUGGAAUGCACUUGACGAGAAGGAAAAGGCACCCUUUGAGAAACUUGCAGAAGAAGACAAGGCCAGAUAUGAAAAGGAAAAGGCCGAGUAUUACAAGUAGUUUGGUUUUAACUGGUUUUAUGCGUAUA